GAAGUUUGAAAUCACCUCGCAAGAUCAAAGAUGACGCUGCAUCAACAGGCGGACUGAGGUGGUCGUACAUCCCAGUGCGAAAUGUGAAUGAAGAGACUUCAGCGACUCCCUCCUAUUCUGGGCGAAAGGUCUAGGACAUCAAACUGUACCUCUUUGUCUCUCUCUCUUGGGGCUUGGAGGUAGGUCAUACCAGGUAGAUGAAGCAAAGAACAUGGCCCGUCAAAUCGGAAGGCUCUCGUUUCACCGCCCUCCGUCUAUACAGCGGCAGCGGAAAAAAGGAGGAAACCCGCCUCCGUUCCAAAAGGUACAGCUCCAUUACAAUUCCUUUCAGAUCAUCAAGGGAGGAAACCGAUUUCUCCAAGCUGCCAGAUGAUAUUCUGCAGAAAAUCGCUGCCACUUUCACGCUGCCAGACCUCCAAACGGCGUCGUUGGUAUGCAGAUCAUGGAGGGAUUCGCUUCGCCCGCUGAGAGAGGCCAUGUUGCUCUUGAAAUGGGGGAAGCGCUUCAAACACGGCCAUGGCGGGGUUCGACCUAACAUUCAAAAGGCUCUCGACUCUUUCUUAAAAGGUGCAGCUCGGGGCUCAACCCUGGCUAUGGUCGAUGCCGGUCUUAUUUAUUGGGAAAUGGGGAAGAAGGAGGAGUCUAUAGCCUUGUAUCGCAAAGCCGCAGAGCUAGGCGACCCCACCGCUCAGUGCAAUUUGGGCAUCUCUUACUUGCACUCUGAACCACCAAAACGAGAGGAAGCUGCAAAGUGGUUAUAUCUAUCUUCCAAUGCUGGCUAUGUCCGUGCUCAAUACCAACUUGCUCUUUGUCUGCAUCGAGGUCGUGGGAUGGAUCGCAACCUGCCUGAGGCUGCUAGAUGGUAUCUGAAAGCUGCAGAAGGUGGGUAUGUGCGUGCUAUGUAUAAUGUGUCACUAUGCUACUCGUAUGGUGAAGGUUUGGUGCAUAGUCAUCGGCAAGCGAGGAGAUGGAUGAAGCGAGCUGCUGAUCGAGGCCACAGUAAAGCCCAGUUUGAGCAUGGACUUGGUCUUUUUUCUGAAGGGGAGAUGAUGAAAGCUGUAGUCUACCUGGAACUUGCCACCCGAGCUGGCGAAACUGCAGCAGCUCAUGUCAAGAAUGUAAUUCUCCAGCAACUGUCAGUGACUUCUCGUGAUCGGGCUAUGCUUCUUGCAGACAAUUGGCGUGCUUUGCCGACAUCUCACUAAAUUUGCUUCAAACCAUGAUUACUUCCUGGGAUUGCCUCAUGAGCCAUUAGAGACACUGUUGAUUCUGCAGUUCUCAGACCAAAGUAGCUUUUCUCAAUUUUAAGCGGGGGAUCUGAUGGAUCCACAGCCUGUACAUCCCAUGCCUGGAAUCAAGAAAUGACUUGCAAACAUAGGAGUUGUUUGAUCAAUGCAUUGCCCCAGCAGACCAGAGGUGUUAUCCUCCUCUACUGUUAAAACUUAACAACUGGUUUAUUUAAUUGAUUGUCCACGAAUUGCUCCAAAGAUAGGACCUCGACACAGGUAAUAAAAACUGCUUACUGAUCAUAUGACUGAUUCCCCCCGCUUGGAUUAGGAAAUGAUGCAGAAAUAAAGCUGGUUGUAUGACAUUCUAUUGAAUUUCUUUAUUCGAAUUCCUAAAACUAGCUUUUUGAAACUCUCUUUCAAUUUCUUUUGAACAGAUUCACAUCCUACGACCAUUGCCCUUUACGAAUGUCUCCCAUUCUUUUAAGCAGUUGUAUAUCCUACAAGAGAAGCCCUUUAAUAAUGUCUCCCAGCAUUUAUGACAAAUGGAAAAGAGCUAGUUGUACAACAUGCUCUUGAACUUCUUUACUCAAAUUCCAAAAACUAGCUGUUGAGACUUCUUUUUCUGCUUCUAAACAGAUGUACAUCCUAUUAGAAUUGUUUUCCACCAAUGUAUCCCAGCAUUCAUCAUGAAUUUCCUGUUCUAAGGUCUCCUUAUUCCAUCUAUCAGUCUUCAUUGCUAGUGCCAAUAGAUUUGAGCAUUUUCCUUGAUAGUUCACAAUUUUUUUAAACAGAUGUACAUCCUACAUGAAAUGGCCUUUAUCAUGUCUUGCUGCAUUUACUAUGAAUUUCCUGUUCUAAGGUCUCUUCAUUCCAUUUAUCACUUGUUGUCAGUGCCAACAAAAUUGAAUAUUUUCUCAGAUAUUUUGAGAGACAAAGAACUUCAUUAGUCUCUAAUUCCUCCCCCAAUUUGAAAAACUAUUUUAAGGGUUUGUUUGAGGUUUUCACCUACUAUUCAUAUAAAGGGUCAGGGCAUGGUUGGUCUCUUCCAACCUGUUUAUAAAUAGGUUGACUUUCAUCCUCCCAAACCCAACAGGUUGUUUUACCAUGUUCCCCUUUUAUAAAUUAUGUAAUGCUUGUAGCAUUUCAUUUUUAUUAGUCAUUCUUUCAUUUUGACAUAAUUAUAUCAAUGUUGUAUUUAUAGACCAUUAUAAAUAGUUUUAUAUUACUGAAAUAGUUUUUUUUUUUUUUUAAUGGAAUAUUUGUUUUUCAUUUAAAACUAUGAAAAAGAAAAGCUAGAGUAAAUGGGUUAGGUGCGUCGGGUUAGAUUCAUGGCUGUGAAGUUUGAACGGGUAUGAUGACCUGGAUAUGUGGGACAGCAGAAACUGGAUAAGUAUAGCCUUCCCCACUUCUCUACUAAUGCUACGGCAGGGGCUCUUGGUUUGGAUGUACUUGAAGUAUUUUGGAAAAAAGGGGAACCAUGUCUAUCUGAUGGCAUAACAUCCUUCUACCAUCCCUUUUCUGAUUGUAGUUGCAAAUCCUGGUUUUCAAUGGAACCAUAAAUGCAUUUUGGCGUACAUUUUCAAUUUGUUUCAGUGAAUGUAAAAUAUGAAACCGUCCAUGAUGGGCUUUUUUUUUUCUUUUCUUUCUUUCCCCAUUGAUAUGAUGUAUAACUGGCUCUGAUGAGUUACUAGGUCACACUAACUUCUUGUUUUGGAUCAUUUAUUCCGUUCUUGAGCUAAGUUGGCUGAUUUUUCCUUAAUUGGAUUAAUUCAUUCAAGUUUGGAUUUUA